GCUGACUGAUGUGGUGUGGAUGGUGUGUUGUAUCUUUUCUGAUCAGAGAGUUAAGCGAAGAUGCUUCAAGACACAUGCUCAAAGGUGAAUGGCAGAUUGUCACGAUUGGACACAGCACAAGAGUCGAGAGAACCAACAGGAAGUAGGUUGCCUCAGCUGCGGGAAGACCCAGAGAACGGAUCGAGUGACUCGGAGUCUGAGAUUCAGCUAGAACAGUGGGAAACUGCAGAAGACGGGGUGAGCUCUUCAUCUGCACAAACGGCCGGCAACCGCACAACCGGUAAGAUGUCAGUCGACGUUGGUGUACGCACGUCCAGUGGUUCGCGAAGGAGGGGUGGGGCUCCUUCCUCUGUGGGGCCAGAGAGCAGUGAACAGUCAUCAGUUUCCCUCGACCAUGCCGAACAGUUUCUCAACAUGCUCGAUGCGGAUUCCAGUUCUACAAGCCUCACAAAACUGCUCGAGACAGAGGAGAGCGAUCCGCUUCUUGGUCUUGACGAGUGGAGGAUUGACACUCGCCUACUUGUGAUUGGAUCUAAGAUAUCAUCAGGAUCACAGGCAAAGGUGUUUAAGGGUAGUUAUCAGAGGCAGGAGGUGAUGAUUAAGGUUAUGCAACCGUCGGAGGGUGAAGAUGAGAGGAAGAAGAUGGACCUUCAGUUCAUGUCAGAGGUGAGAACUCUGUCAAAGAUGCAGCAUACAAAUGUGAUCAACCUGGUGGGGGCUUUUAAAAAAAACCCUGUUUGGAUAAUCGUGAUGGAGUACCUCGCUGGAGGAUCGCUCCGAUCAUUCCUUUCCAAGAGGCAACCGUUAUCUAUGCCUCUGCGAAUAGUGGUCGGGAUGGCAGUCGAUAUUGCACAUGGAUUAAGCUAUCUCCAUUCCAAAGGAAUUGUGCAUAAACGGCUCAGGUCUGAUAAUCUGCAUCUGACAGCAGACAAGACAGUAAAGAUCACCGAGUUCUGUGCAGCGCACAUUGAACGUGAGUCGGCGGAUUUCACGAACGAGUCCAAUGCUUUCCGGUGGAUGGCGCCGGAACUGCAACAGAAUAAGGGGAUGGAAAAUGAUGUCCCUUCGAUCUUCCAUGAUACUCGCCAGUGCACUCCUAAGGCAGAUGUAUACAGCUUCGGCAUAAUCCUGUGGGAGCUUUUCACAUGUGUCGUGCCAUUUGAUGGCAUGACUGCUGUGCAAGCGUCAUUUGCUGUUGUCAACCGAGGCGUCCGCCCGAAGAUACCUGAUAACUGUCCUAUUCCUCUCACCAAUAUCAUGAACUUGUGCUGGGCUGCAAAUCCUGAAAAGAGACCAUCCAUGGAUGAUGUCGUACGAAUGCUGCAGGCGAUUGAUCUAGAACCUGCUCCAGCUUCUCCAAAAUCACCUGCGCCCUCACGGGGAUGUGGUAAGUUGCCACGUCAGCAGACCACGUCAGCAGGCCACGUCAGCAGGCCACGUCAGCAGGCCACGUCAGCAGACCACAUCAGCACGACACGUCCACAGCAGGGAGUGCCACAUCAGCAGGCCCCAGCCUGGUCUAUGCUCAAGCGCUCGCAAACAGCCGUCAUGGACCAGAAGCCCGGGGAAACGGACGAAGCCUAUCAGGCCCGGAUGCUGCUUCUGAUUACCGAAGCCAAGCAACGGUCCGAUGCAGUAGCAGCCGCAGCCAAGAAGAAGGCAGAGGACGCCGAGAAGGCACGUCUGUUGGCAAUCGAACAGGAUCGCCAGCAAGACGAGGCAGCAACAAAGGCUGCCUAUGAAGAACGAAUUCAACAACGCGAGAAGAUAUUCAGCGGAGAGCGAGCUUUGCUCACAAUGGCAGCGACCUGGCAGGCCGAGGCCGAGAAUGGUAAGAUGGAAGAGAGUGAAAAGAAGAUCGCUCUACUCCUCUCCCAUCUCACAGAUCUCCUGGCAACAUGCAUUACACAACAGGAGGAUAUCCAAAGCCUCGACGACGCAUUAGCUCAAGUCAGCAGCCGCCUCCAGCAGCUGGAGCAACGACCCGUCGCCGCCCCCGAUGCCAGCUCCUCUAACACCUCCGAUCACCUUGAGGCAUUGGAGAUUGACGUUGGAUCCCUCAAGGACGACGUGCAGUUACAGCAAAUCGCAACGCAAUAUCGGUCAUUGGAGGAUCAUCUUGAGCACCGUCGACGAGUGUUGGAGACGCUCCGCCAUGCCAAGUAUAAAGCCAACCGUGACAAGUGUGAAUUUGUUCGGCAAGAGCUGGAAUACUUGGGCCAUUUUGUCACACCGGAGGGCAUCAGUCCGUUCUCGGACAAGAUUCAAGCCAUCAAAGAGUGGCCGGAGCUGCGGAACAUUACGGAUGUCCGUUCGUUCCUUGGCCUUGCCGGCUACUGCCAACGUUUUAUCAAGGGAUACUCGAAGAUCGCGGCCCACUUGACCAAGCUUCAAUGCGAGUAUCGGUCGUUUGACUUUGGAGAGGAUGCGUGGGAAUCAUUUUUGGCUCUCAAAGCAGCGCUAUUAUCUGCGAAGGUCUUGCGCAUAUACGACCCGCUAUUGCCAACGCGCGUCACUACGGAUGCGUUCGGCUAUGGCAUUGGUGCCAUCCUCGAGCAACACAAUGGCAUGGACCGGCACCCAGUCGAGUAUUUCAGCAAGAAAGUGUCCGUCGUGCACUCCAUUGAUGAUGCACGAAAGAAGGAGUUUCUAGCCUUUGUCCACGCGCUCAAGUGGUGGCGGCACUUUCUCCUUGGUCGAAGUCAAUUCUGAUAGGUAACGGACAACAAUCCGUUGGUCUUCUACAAGACCCAAGACACCGUC